UAAUUUUACCCAUGCUUGAUUUCUGAAGAUCCACAAUUUGGGCUGCCGGGCAGCCUUAAUACAUCAGGUACAAAUCGCCCUGGGGUCUUCAACAGCUGAAAUUCGAUCUCAGGGAGGCAGACUGAAGUCCUAACCGCUCAAACAUUUGGCAGUCAUCUUCUUAUACUGUGUUGAAAGUAUAACAAGUAGCGACACUUGCAUAUAAACAGUUUCUUAUAACUUGCAUAUAAACAGUUUCUUAUUGUACACCAGACUUAGUUGGUUUGCAAUGUACUGUACCAUAUCUCUUACAUAAUAUAUUCUUUCGGUGAAAAAUUGCUAUUCGAUGUACACCAUUUUGUUCACGACGCGUUUUUAGGAAUUUAAGUAUGACAUAUAUUGAGGACAUUCUGUAUUUAAUAAUAACAGAUGAAAUUUGAUCCAAUAAUUUAGUGUCUUAUAUCAGAAGUCGCGGUAGUGAUUCCCCGGCAAGUAAAAAAGUCGCUGACUGACUACAAAUACAAGAAUCAGAGUUGCCGAUUUUCGGGGAUCGAUUUCUUCGCCUCUGAAACAUCUAUAGUAACUCUGAAUAUCUCGUUCGAAGGAAAAUUCGGAUAUGUCGGAUCCCGUCCCUCACCACCAGGCCGCCCCAUUGUGGGCCUGGCCGAACGCAUAACGGGCUUGCUAAUGAAGGCCCUCUUAGUGCCCACAGGGUGAAAAGAGUUUAAAUUAACUCUAGGACCGGCGAAACAAUACAUGCCCGGAGAAGCAGUAAUAUUGUCUGCCACACACAUAAUCAAAGGAGUUCCUCUAAAAACGUGAGAAUGAUUUGCUAUUAAUUUUAUCAAGUUAACUUCAUUAAUGUUUUUUUAAAUGUGCUAACUUAAAUAUUUCAUGUAGUACAUUAUAGGCAUGAAUUUUAAUAUAUUGGAUAUUCUACUAGAGCAAAUUAUUAAAUGUUAGAAAGGUUUUCUUCACGGUUUGUAACACUAGAACCUUGCGUAGUACCAGAGUAGGUAGAUUAGUAAGUCUGUAUCUCUAAAACGAUCAACGCGAUGUCUCACAAGAAAUGAAAAAUCAUCUAGGAAGAGAUCCCGAAAAGACAAUACCAAAGCGUUUCUUUGGAAUGAUAAGACAAGGAAGUGGAAGCAAUUCUCAUCCCACAACAGUGCAGUUCUUAUACCUGUACAGUUUGGUUCGUCCACCCAAACGAGCAUCAGUUCAAACUGGCCCUGUAUCUUCCCUUAUUACUUUAAAAAAUCUUCUUUGGAGUCAUAAAAAACCAUUUAAGGAAGUUCAAGAACAACUGGAAGAACAUUUACAAAAUUUGCUUUCUAAUCCAAGCCUGUCCUACGGAGAUACUAGUGAUAGUGAAUUAUUAGAUCAUGAUUAUUGUACACCAGAAACAUUUAAGUUUAUCCUACAUUAUUUAGGAGGUUAUAUUAUUUAUCGUCUACUGCCAUCACUCGGUUGUGAUGAAUGCAAAAAUAUAUUAACAGCAAAACCUGAGGAUAUAAUUUGUCAGAGUUCGGAUGAAUUGCAAAACACAUAA